AUGUCUCACGAAGAGGAUCUCAUCGACUACUCCGACGAGGAGCUUCAGACGACAGAACCCGUCGCUACUGGCGCGCCAGGCGCAGUAGCCAACGGAGAGCAGCAGAAAGGCGACCUGACGGUUUCCGGGCCCGGCGCGGACAAGAAGGGCAGCUAUGUCGGCAUACACUCGACUGGUUUCCGGGAUUUCCUACUGAAGCCGGAGCUUCUACGUGCUAUCACCGACUGCGGUUUCGAACAUCCGUCGGAGGUCCAGCAAGUAUGCAUUCCUCAGGCCAUUCUUGGAACAGACGUCCUUUGCCAGGCGAAAUCCGGUCUCGGUAAGACCGCAGUCUUCGUCCUUGCCACUCUGCAACAGAUUGAGCCGAUUGAGGGUGAGACAUCGGUCCUUGUCAUGUGCCACACUCGUGAGUUGGCCUACCAGAUCAAGAACGAGUACGCGCGGUUCAGCAAGUAUAUGCCGCAAGUUAAGACUGCGGUGUUCUACGGCGGCACACCGAUGCAGAAGGAUAUCGAGCUUCUGGCAAACAAGGAGACCCACCCGCAUAUUAUCGUGGCCACUCCUGGCCGAUUGAACGCCCUCGUUCGCGACAAGAAGCUUCGCCUUGGCAGCAUCCAGAAGUUCGUGCUCGAUGAAUGCGACAAGAUGCUCGACCAGAUCGAUAUGCGCCGUGACGUCCAAGAGAUCUUUCGCGCCACGCCAACUCAGAAGCAGGUGAUGAUGUUCAGCGCGACUCUCUCGCAAGAGACCAGACCCAUCUGCAAGAAGUUCAUGCGGAAUCCUCUCGAGAUCUACGUCGACGAUGAGACCAAGCUCACCUUGCACGGCCUGCAGCAGUACUACAUCAAGCUCAGCGAGGGCGAGAAGAACCGCAAGCUCAACGACUUGCUCGACACCCUCGAGUUCAAUCAAGUCAUCAUCUUCGUGAAGAGCACUAUCCGAGCCACCGAACUGGACAAGCUGCUCCGCGAGUGCAACUUCCCCAGCAUUGCGGUGCACUCUGGCGUCAGCCAAGAGGAGCGUAUCAAGCGCUACAAGGAGUUCAAGGAGUUCAACAAGCGCAUCUGCGUCGCCACCGACGUCUUUGGCCGCGGUAUCGAUAUCGAACGCAUUAACCUGGCUAUCAACUACGACUUGCCAGCUGACGCGGACUCGUACCUACAUCGCGUCGGUCGUGCCGGCCGCUUCGGCACCAAGGGUCUCAGCAUCUCGUUCGUUAGCAGCGAGCAGGACCAGGAGGUCCUCAAGGCGAUUGAAAAGCGGUUCGAGGCGAAUGUUCCUGAGUUCCCGGAAGGUGGUAUUGACGCUAGCACCUACAUGGCGAACUAG